UUUACUUGCAUUAACUAUUACUGUAAAUGCUAAGAACAAACAUCAUAAUAAACAUGCUCAGAACAAACAUGCUAAUAAACAUGCUCAGAACAAACAUGCCAAAAAAAAUGCAUGUUGUCAAUCACGUGGUAGUCCAGGGUGGAAUGAUAUGUUUUAUGGUUUCAUAGGACAACCUAACGAUAGUUUUGAGAAUUUUACUACACCACAAGAAUGUUGUCUUUUUUGUGUUAACGAUCCUACUUGUGUUGAAUGGCUAUUUUAUCCUUAUACUGACUCUGCCUCUGGUUUCAUCUGUGAUCGUGUCUAUAAUGGUAGUGUCAGUUCUUGUGGUCCUUCCACUAUUGCACCAAGCGAUAUUGAUGAAGAAGGUGGUAUUAUUCGUUGUAGUGAUAGUGAUAGCAGCAAUU